AUGACUCACGGUUCACGACAGCAGUGGCUUCCACACGAACCGGAACUGGGAAGCGCAGUUCAAAUUUGGCACUCUCGAAGUAACUCCUCACUCCAAAUGCGUAAAGGCGCCGCUGCGGCGACAGUAUUUGUUAAAGACGAUGAACGCAUGUUUCACGUGAAGGAUGAUCCAGUAUCCUAUGGAAGAUCAAAAUUGGCCAGUUAUGAGGAUUCUAAAGAAGAAAGCGCAAUUGUGUUUGAAAAACCACUUGCUACGACAUCCCACAGCGAUGCGUUCAAUGUAGUUGGCCUAGUUCAUGAUGCGAUAACUCUGGCACGAAUACUGAAACGUUAG